GGGUUGGGGGGGUGGGGGGUGAAACAGAGCGGAGCUACGCUGAGCCACUGGGGGAAACUACAUGUACAUGUGCGUGGAUUUCAAUGAGACCCUGAACUGCGCCGUCUCCGCACCCGAGGCGGACCGUGCCACCAAGAUGGAGAGCGAGAAGAAGAGGAGAAAAUACUCGACGAGCAGCAAUGACUCCGACACCACUGACAGUCAGGUGACCUCAUGGUCCAGGUCGUCCAAAAACAUGGGCACCAGCAGCACAUGGGUCCGCCACCAGCACAAGAAACCGUCCGAGGUGUUCCGCACCGACUUCAUCACGGCCAUGAAGCUGCCCGACUCGGCGCAGCUUGGCACGGACGACUUCUACGUGCUCUCAGAUCCCUGGAGGCAAGAGUGGGAGAAGGGAGUCCAGGUCCCUGCAAACCUGGAGGCCAUACCCGAGCCCGUGGUCAGGCUGCUGCCGGAGUCGACGCGCGGGCUGCCCGACGACGGACGCGAGACUAACGGCGGACCUCGGACUCCGCCCGCUCGUGUCUACAGCUGCUAUGACCUGGACGACCUGGAUGUGGCGUGGCUGGAGAUGGCCAACCAAGAGUUCAGACAGAUGGCCUUACCGGAGCUGGACGAGCUGAUGAUGGAGUGCGUCCUGGUCGCGCUGGAGAGCGUGUGCGAGGAGAAGAUGCAGCAGGCCAUCGAGACGGAGGAAGGCCUGGGCAUCGAGUACGACGAGGACGUGGUGUGCGACGUCUGCCGCUCGCCGGAGGGGGAGGACGGCAAGAUGGUGUUCUGCGACAAGUGCAACGUCUGCGUUCAUCAGGCUUGCUAUGGCAUCCUGAAGGUACCACAGGGAAACUGGCUGUGUCGGAUCUGUGCCCUCGGUGUUCAGCCCAAAUGUCUGCUCUGCCCCAAGAGAGGCGGAGCCCUGAAGCCCACACGCAGUGGAACCAAGUGGGUCCACGUCAGCUGUGCCUUAUGGAUCCCGGAGGUGAGCAUAGGCUGCCCAGAGAAGAUGGAACCCAUAACCAAGGUGUCCCACAUCCCUGCCAGCCGCUGGGCCUUGUCCUGCAGCCUGUGUCGAGAACACACUGGAACCUGCAUACAGUGCUCCAUGCCCUCCUGCAUCGUGGCCUUCCAUGUGACGUGCGCCUUCGACCACGGCCUGGAGAUGAGGACCAUCCUGGCCGAGAACGACGAGGUGCGCUUCAAGUCCUUCUGCCUGGAUCACAGCUGCACCGCCGCCAGCAGCAGCAGCAGCAGCAGUAGCAGCAGCAGCAGCAGCAGCAGCAGCACCUCCAGUUCAACCAGCGUAAACAACGGCAACCACGUCGCCAUAUCCACGGCGAACGGAACACACGGCACAGCCAGACCCGACUGGGCCGCCCCCUGCGUCGGCUCUGAGCACGUCGUGAGCGGCCCGGAGCAGAGGUCGAUACCGUUCCCCGUGUCCGUGUCGGCGUCAGAGCGAGCGGAGCGGGACCAGCUCGAGAGAGAGAAAGUGAGCCAGAGGAAGCAGAAGCUCCAGGAGCUGGAGGACGAGUUUUACCGACUGGUGGACCCGAGGGAGGUGGCUGAGAACCUGGGCCUGCCCGACUCCCAGGUGGACUUUCUCUAUCAGUUCUGGAAGUUGAAGAGGAAGGCCAACUUUAAUCAGCCCCUAGUGACCUUAAAGAGGGACGAGGUGGACAACCUGGCCCAGCAGGAGCAGGACGUCCUCUACAGACGCCUCAAACUCUUCACGCACCUGCGACAAGACCUGGAGAGGGUGCGUAACCUGUGCUACAUGGUGACGCGGAGGGAGAAAAUGAAACACACGCUGUGCGACCUCCAGGAGAAGAUCUUCCACCUGCAGAUACAACUGCUGGAAGAGGACAUGGCUGGAGAGAAAAGCCAGAAGGGAGAAAAGAGGAAACAGAAUGGAGGAGUGAAGGAGAAAGGGAAGGAGAGAAGGAAGAGUAGUCCUGAGAAGAAAAAGGAGAGGUGGAAGUCGGAGAACGGCUCCCUGCUGAAAGAGCUAGGUUUGUCAAAGUCCUUCCCGUUGGACAACUCCUUGUUUGACAGCUGGCUCGCCCAGUCGGUUCAGAUCACCGCUGACGACAUGCUGAGCCAGUGGGCUCUGGGCGCCCAGCACGGAGAAAAGAGCGGCAGCCUGCUCUCUGACCAGCUCCUGCAAGGCGAGGAGAGCCUACUGAAUCUCAUGAUGGAGAACUCCAUGCAAUCCACCUGGAAAACGCCGCAGCUGGGCCGGAAACGAGCGAGCAACAAGCCGCGCGCUCGUGGACAAUCUACUGCCCCCGCCCACGCUCAGACACUCCUCUCUGCGGUGGCCAACUCCUCCGCCAGCAGCCCCUCCACCGCAAAGAACCUGUGGGCUACUGUGGUGGAGGAAAAGCCUAGCUACGUGGGCCGGAGAGGGGAAAGGUCCAAAGGAUCGUCGAAGGCCCUGCACCACCAUCACCUUCAUCACCACCAGACCAGGAGCACGGACCUCCUGGGGGACUCGCCACCGCAGCCGCCCAUCUCCAAAAUGGAUUCCUGUCACAUCUCGGAGGACCGCGAUGCCUGGGAGAGCGUCGCCGCAGGGAAUGGUGUUCCAUCGGCGGCCGGGUCUGUUUUCACGACUAGAUCUUCUCCACCUCCCGCCUCCAGCCCUGGCGUCACAGCGCCUAACGGCGGGGGCCCGCGGCUCCGUCUGCUGCGCCAGGUUAAGUCGAGAGAGAGGAGCAUCAACGAAGGCGUGGAGAGCCUGCAGUCCAGGGAGCUGCCGCUUACGGGGAAAGACAUGUCCCUGCUGGACACCGCAGAGACUGAUGGGUACUUCUCCGACGGCGAGCACAGCGAUUUGGACACGCACUCCGGUGGACGUAAACUCCGCCUGCCACAGUUGCAUUCUGGGAGCGAGGACCUGUUGAGAAGGAGUGUGCUGGCCUCCUAAGGUUUUCAGACUCAAAUCGACACACACACACACAACAAAAACACACAAUAUUAGAGAAGCAGACUCACGCCGGCUUAUCAUUUCUCCAUCUGUGGCUUUUCUUUUUUUUUAAACAAAUCCCUGUCACAUUUACCAAUUUACCAAUCUUAGCCUCUUAGUUUUUGGGGGGAGUUUGAAUGUAGCUGUUUGCUUCUCCAUUGGACUGUAAAAAA